AAAGAGGUGGAUUCCAGUCUGCAAAUAUCCCCGAGUGGUUCACGGAGAGCUGCAGUACAAAGCCAUUGUUGGAAAGCCUUUGUUGAUCGAGCGCGUCAGUCAACGUAAACAGCACGUCCUUCGCUUACGGCGUCUCGAGGUCUGUUUGUCAAAUACCCAACGAUCCGCGCUUUUUGAGCGACUGUGAAGAGGCAGGGUUAUCAGUAUCGACGACACUGUCUCAGCUGAGAUAAAUUCAGCAAACAAGCAGGGAAUAAUAGAGCAAGAGCGAGAGCGACAAUAUCAGGCCUUCUUUCUACAUCGUCCUCGUCCCCACGCAAAUUUGCGGAGGCAAACUCUUGGCCCGCUCUGAGACGCGAUCGCUUUCCACUUCGCUUGCUUUUUCCCGCUCCAACCCGACAUCAACGACGCGACACAGCGACGUCCUCGUCCAAACAACACGCCCUUUAUUCCUGCAGUCAACAUCACCACACACAUCACCAUGCCGCCGUCAAAUCGGCGCACAAGACCGGCGCGCAAGGCCGCCGAAGUGGCCGCUGCAGCCACAGCCACGGCAGCCGACGUGUCUGACGCCGACACUCCCGAAUCCAUCGCUACGCCGUCGCGCACUUCGCGCAAGCGAGCGCGCGCCAACGAUGCCCCGACUUCCAAUGGCCGUGCAGCCACGCGCAGAAAGGUCACGACUGCUCGCGCUAACGAGCGAGAAGACACCGAGGGCACCGAGGCCAACGAACAAUCCGACGCCGAAACCGAGCCCUCGACUCCCUCCGAGGUCGAUGUCAUCUCCAAGCUCAAGGUCUCGGAUAAGCAAGUAAAUGCCACACACGACUUCUCGAACGACCUACUCGAAGGAAGAGAGCACGUGCCUGGCUAUGGCAAGAUUGCCGGACGUAACUGGACAUACAUCAUUCAGGGUGUCGAGAUCAACAUUGGUCGUCCCGAGUCGCAUGAGAAGGCCGAAUCUCUUGACUCUCCUCUUGUCCAGUCGAACGACCCGUCGGCCAAGUCAAGAAUCUCGAUCGAUCUCGGUCCUGACAGACAAGUGUCACGCCUACACGCCGUCAUCUCGUACGACAGCGAACAGGAGAAGUGGUUCAUCACCGUCAACGGUCGCAAUGGCCUCCGAGUCGACACUCAGCUGCUCAAGCGUGGUAACCGGGCAGCUUUGCGUUCUGGAUGCGUCAUCGACAUCAGUGGUACUCAGAUGGCCUUUAUCACUACCGCUCGCCAUGAGGACGAUGGCCCCGUCUUCGCUGACGCCAUUGUCCGUCAGACAUACACAUCAGAAGAAGAGGACCAUGAAGCCGAUGGCCGUAGCGGCAACCCACCUCCAAACCCGUCGUCCCACAUGCCUGGUCCCUCUUCGUCGGUGCGCCGUCCUACGCACCCUUCGUCCAGCUUCCCCGAUGGCAGUACCGGACACCGCGUCCACCCUCAUUCCUACGCUGGACUACAAUCUCAAUCAUUCCCUGUGCCGGGCACUCCUAUCCGCAACCACGGCAUGAACAUUCCUACCUCACAACGCACCCGUCCUUCACCUGUUUCGAUCGGUGGCUACUCUCGCGGUGUCAUGCUCGAGUCAACCGAGUCGAUUGACUACUCUGCAGACAGUGCCAAAGACCUCAAGCCUCCCCACUCAUAUGCCCAAUUGAUCGGCAUGGCCAUUCUUUCGACCCCCGAGCAGCAGAUGACAUUGAACAACAUCUACAAGUGGAUCAUGGCGAACUAUGCCUUCUACCGAUACAGCACCAGCGGCUGGCAAAACUCGAUUCGUCACAACCUCAGUCUCAACAAAGCCUUUGAGAAGAUUGCUCGCCGCACUGAUGAGCCCGGAAAGGGCAUGAAAUGGAUGAUCUCGCCCAAGGAGCGCGACACUUUCCUCAGUCAGGGCAUGAAGGGCUGCCGCAGACCAAACCCUCUGCCUUCUGGCAUGAUCGACCCCUCGAGUCCUGCUCAGUUGCAUCCUCCCUCUUCCGCCCACCAGAAGUUGAAUGGUGCUGUUCACGCUAUUCCCAGUAAGACUGAAAAGAGUGACAGCCCUCCGAUGCACACCUACCCGUCGUCGUACCCUACCGCCACCGAGGCUUAUACCCCCGACCGAGGCUCUCGCCGUCCCGUCAAGUUCGACGAUAACGACCCUGAACUUGUCUACCCUCCUUCGGCCAAGAGUACUCUAAACCAUCUGACCGCUGUCGCCAACGCUGCUGGAUCGCCACCCUCGCUGUACAUCAACGACGACGGUCGCAUCGGCCCUCUCGACACACCGUUCCCCGUACGCAGCAGUCAGAAGUUGGUUCCUCCCUCGACACUUCAGCGCCCCUCUGCUUUCAUGGAGUUCUCCUCGCCUGCUCCCUUCUGGAAGUUUGGUUCCACUCCACUACGCCCUCUCGCAGACAUUAGUCCUCUAAAGGCAACUCCCUUCUCGUCGUUCAAGCCGCUUGGAAUUGGAGCCAACGUUAAGAUCCUUGACGAAGAUGACAAGAGCGCUGUCGACAAGAAGAGUAUACUAGACGAGAAGGACGAUGACAUGCCGGCCAUCCAGUCCAGCUCCCCUCCUCGUCCUAGCGGCGUUCCCGACCGUAUUGACGGUAGUCCAACUCGCAGCAUACCUAGACCCGCAACCAGCCACAGCCGUUCCGCCAAGCUUGAAUUUGACCCAGAGGAGCACAUCAUCACCAGCAUGCCACCCGAGAGCAAUGAGAGAACUUCUUUCGAACGUGAGACGACACAACAGAGCAUUCCUGCCAAUCCCUCGUUCAACGCCCCUCAGCUGCAGCCUCCACAACAGCAGCAGCAAGAGCCCGAGCAGCACCAACAACAGAACCAGUCAGAGCAGCAGGAGCAAUCACAGGCCCAAGCACAGCAGCAGCGUGAGCAGUCAAGCAUGCCCGCUCCUAACUCGAUGCGUCCGCCUAUGCAGGCGCUGGGUAACGGUAACAACCAACAGCAAGCGGGCGCUGCGCCCAACACCAGCAACAUUCUCAACAGCCAUGCCUAUGCUACGAAUAACAUGGGCGGCAUGCAACAGAAUAUGGGAUCAUUGCGUUAUGGUGCAGACACUGAUGACGAAGCCGGCAUUGAUCUUGCCAAGGGCUUCCAACCUAUUGGUACCUUUCACAAAAUCGGAGCAGCUAGGUUCGGCAUGGGCAUGGCAGGACGUUAGAUGCAACCUGAAAUGCCCGGCUGGCAGCAGCAUCCGAUGUAUCGCGCACCAAACAGUGGAAAGCGUGAAGCCAAAAAACACACGCAGCUUUGAAGAAGUGACGAGAAGCGAAUCAUGAAACGGAGGCACGUAAGUGAAGGAUAACGUUUAUGGAUAUUGAGGAGUUUUG